AUGCCUCCGACCGAGGAGGAGAUGAUGGAGAAACAAAGAAAACCAGAGAAGAAGAAGCAGGAGAUUAGCUAUGGAGACGAUGUGGAAGCGAUGUGGGCGGACUUCGGAUAUGGCGCUGAAGAAGAACUCUUCGACGGCACAAAGACAAGAGGGAAAAAAGAGAAGCCUCAUGCAGAAGAAGACCGUGAACGAGCAAAGAGCAGGAUGAUUCAUAGAAGCCUCGAAAACUGUCGGUUUUGCUAUUCGAAUAAGAAACUCCGCGACUCAAUUUGCUGGGUUGGCCAACACGUGUACCUUGCUCUUACAGGCUCUGAACCGAUGGCAGAAGGCCACUGCAUCAUCGUUACAAAAGAACACUAUCGAAAUCUGCCGUCAUGCGAUGAGGAUGUCGCACGCGAGAUCCUCAACCUGCGAAGAAUGCUUACUGGGUAUUUCAAAGCAAAGAACGAUACAGAAUUUUCCAACGAUUUUUCCAGCAACUGGCUUAUGCGCCGCCGAGGAGAUCUAAUCGUCACAGCUACCGAUGGUCUGUUCGACAACGUCCCCGACGAAGUGCUUCUCCAGGAACUCUCGUAUCUUCCCCACGCCGAUCAAAUCCACACUCAAGAUCUGGAGCGCACGGCAAAGUGCCUGGCCUCGCGCGCGCACAAGAACGCGCUCAACAAGUCGUACGUUUCUCCCUCCGCGCUCGCCGCCAAAAGCGCUGGCUUCCACUACACCGGCGGCAAAAUGGACGACGUAACGGUCAUCGUAUCCGUUGUGUCUGACCUCGGCACUGAAGUGUAG